UAUAAAAUGGCAAUUUCCACCUAAUCUAUGCUUUUGUGAUAUCGCAACGCAACAGUCAUGGGUAGCUUAUCGAUACUGCUGGUAGUGCUUUUCGCUACCUGUCACAUCCGGACGGGCUCAGCUCAAAUCACAACGUUCAUAGUACCUGAACAUAAGGCCAAUUGGUUCGAUGCCGCCAAGUAUUGCUACGAGAAAGGCUGGAUGCUGGCUGCCAUUAUGGGUGCCGACGAGGAACGCCGAGUGACGGCCUUUGCCCAGCGCAACAGUCCAACCGGGUGGCUGAAUCCUCGUUUUUGGGUUGCGGAGAACGACCAGGAAGAGGACGCCGAGUUCUGUCCGCAGAUAACGCUGGAGAGCUACUUCGAGGGCGAGAACGAUUGCAUGGAGAUGUUGUACUUUGUGUGCGAGAGUUUGGAAUAAGAUGGGUAGAUAUUAGUUCUCGAUGGAAUAAUAGUUUUCGGAAGUAGGUCGAACAACAUCAUUUGAAAUUCAACGUUGCUCUAGUCCAGUUUCCAUUCCACAAUCGAUAGCCGACGUAGUUGAUUCCAUCUUAUCUAUAUUAUGCUAGUUAGAUUGCAAAUUAAUCCACUCUUGACACCUUUGGGUGGGCUACCGCCCCCGGUUGCGCUGUGCUUUGUGUUCGGGAUUGCUUGCGACUGGCCCAGAUUCAAUCUGCUCGCCGUCAUCCAUUGCAGUGUAUUCCCAGUCCGGUAAACCGCAAACUCACUUGCCGCCCACUCGCAACUCACAAAUGGCUAGCUGUAAAGGUCAUUGCUUCCAUCAUCCGCUUCCUGCCGUCGGUAAGCGAUGGCACAGUGGGCGAAAACGGAUGAACGUUUCAAAUUUAAGCUUAUUAUCCGUACUUGUGGCUGUAUUUUUGGAAAUUCAAUUACUUAUUAAAAUAUAUUGUAUGGUUUAAUCUUUUGCCAAAUAACCGUUGUAAUAAAUGUAAAGUGAUUUCGAAA